AUGAAUCCACACUCUCAUCUAAAAGCAUUAGGUGGAAACACAAGCCAACAGUCUUGCUUAAACAAGCAUUUGAAAUAUUUCGCAGUACAAAGUGAGAUGAGACUUCCCUCCUAUGUUUUAACAAUGAAUGAAAUAAAAAUAAUAGAGCCCGAAUCAAAAGGAAUGGAAGAUAUUGAUCCGGUAAUUACAUUUAUUCUGAAAAGUCAAACAUAUAAACUGAUAAAAAAGUUUCGCAAUGCAUAUCUAAAUGGUUAA